CAAAGAAGAAGCCGAGCCUGCGUUUGCUACGAGGAGACGGUCCAUAUUAGGCUUCAACCCAUGACGGGCUUGUUAUUCAGCCGUACCGGCGAACUCGUUCAACGAGAAACAUUCGUCGCUCAUGAGUGGACAGGAUUGUACCACUAGGUUGGCCAGAAUAAAAUCUAUGCGGUUUUCUAAUUUUUGAUCUAGAGGGCUAUGAAUUAAGUGAAAAUGAGCGUCGCGGCGAACGUUCCCGGGAACGAACGAGUUCGCCGGUAUGGCUGAUUAAGACAUACGAGUUGACGACUGUUCCACGGGACUGUCCUAUUGUGGGACUGUGCUACUUUAUUGCAAGGGUUGUUUGGUGGCAGUCAUACACAUUCGACCAGUUUGUGAUCUGUUUUCCUAAACCUGUGAAGCUUAACCCUGUAGGAGCAAGUAAAAAUAAAAGGAAAUAAAUAUCCAAGGCAUGCGUGUGACAUUGUUCGUACAUGACAGUACAUUUCGUGCUCGAAUCUUUGAUGUUGGAUUUUGGAGACAAAAUAACUCCAUUGGAGCUAAAGCCUCUCAAAACUUUACCAAAAACAACAUUUCGCUGUUGAAUCACACGCAAACUCAUAAACUGCUCGAACACACCUUGUUUUGUUUACAUCCUUAUGACGCGUCUACCGCUACGUCGUGUAGUCAGUGCUGCAUCGCCGUCACUCUCCAACUGUCAGUGCCGCGACUGUCAAACAACGGUCACAUAUUCGCCUUUGUACACCUAUCGCCAAUCAAACGGUCAAACGAAACGAAAAGUAGCAACGGAAAACCAACGUACGAUUCCGCCCAAAGGUUUGUGCCUUCUACUGGGGGAGAAAAAGGGUAACGCGGCGAAAACAAAUCAAGUGCCGGGUCGUUCCGUUCCACCGUGCUGCGCGAUGGACAGGCUCAAGGCAGAGAACGAGGAGCUGCGGCAGGAGCUGUACACGGUGAAGAAAAAGCUGCAGGUAGCCAAGCAGAUCAGCACCGAUCUGUCCGACGAGCUGGAACAGCAAGUGGCCAAAUCAAACCGGCAGCUGGAACAAAUGCGCACCGAGCACGCGACCCAGCUGAAGGCACAGGAGGCGCAAAUAGAGCAGCUGAGCAAAGAGCUCGCAGCGCAACGCUCCGAGCCGCCGCAGCAGGGCCCGCCCGCGGACGGGCCCGUCCCCGAGCACAUCGAGGAAACGCUCCGGAUGGUGCAGGAAAAGUCGCUGCGCGCCAAGCAGGACUGGGAGGAGGACGAGCUGCAGUAUCAGUCGGAAAUCGUGCAGCUGCAGCAGAAGCUGACAACGGCCGACCGGAAGCUCACCGGUGCGCUGACCAACAUUGCCGAGCUGAGCGAGGAGAUCGAGCUGCUGCGGGAGCAGCUCGCGUCCAAGAAGGGCAACCUGGAGAUCAAAGCGCAGGAGGCGGAGGAGCUGCGCGACCUGCUCGAAGCGACCCAGCAGCAGAACGGCAUGCUGGCGGCGGAGCUGGCCGGUUUGCGCUCCAACUCGAACAGUGCACUUGAGAAGGGAAAUUCCUUGUUCCGGGAGGUGGCCGAUCAGCGCAAACAGCUCAUGCACAGGUACAACCAGCUGAAGCAGCGCUUCUUUCAACUUAAGAGCGAGCACGAAGACUGCCCGCGAGAGAUCCGCACGCUCCGUAUGGCGCAGCGCGAGUCCCAGACGCAGUACGAGCGGUGCGUCAAGCUGGUCCGGUCGGCGGAGUACUACAACGUGCAGGCGCUCCACGAGCAGAUCAAGGAUCUGACCGAGCAGCUGGCCCGGGCGGAUCGGCGGGUGCGCCACCUGGAACACGAGAUGGCCUCCAAUAGCUUUGCAUGGGUAAACGUACUCGUCGAGUACUAUACAAAAGAAAUGGAUACACUAAAAAGCUCGCUCAACUCGUACCAGCACAAGCACCGCCAAGCGAUGGACAUGCAGGAGGAUGCGGUAAAGGAGGCAUGGAAGUGGCGGCUGGAAGCACAGCGGAUGAGGCUGAAAAUGCUGCAGAUCGAAGUGCCGCCGGCCCCGGCUGACAUGACCGAAGGCGCCGGUUCGCCGACCUCCGACACAACGCUUGUGCCGCCGGCCCCGGCUGACAUGACCGAAGGCGCCGGUUCGCCGACCUCCGACACAACGCUAGUGCCGCAGAGGGAGGUGCCGGACAGGGACGAACAGAGAGAAGGCAGCCCCAAGGAUACGGUGGCACCGGAAACGGUCUCGGCAGAAAAUAAAUCCCACGAUGUCACCGUCAUCUGCAACGAAAAGGCUGACGAAAGUGGCGCCAAGACGAUCACCACCACCACCACCAAGCCGCCCAUGAAGGAGGAGGUUGCCGGCGCGAUGCCGCUGCAGGAAAGGAACGCAAACCAGCUGGUGAUGAAGAUAGUGCCCUUCAAGUGUUACAAACUUAGCGACCUUAUCGCGAAGCAGAAGGAAGAAACGGACAAUGUUUCGCCACCGGAAGCAAAGCACGCAGCGGGAGAGGGAGUCGAUGGGGGGAAGUAAGUUAGUGCAAAUGCCUUCGGUGCUGCGCUGUGCUGCAGAGACAAGGCAGUAGGUUUUGUUGUUGCCAUUGUUCGUACCACAUUGCAUCUGUUAAUUGUCAUAUCAUUUUAAUGUUUAGAAAUAAAUUUUAAAGAAGGCGCCCUUUGAGUCAGCUCGGGUUUAUGCCUGCCUAA